AUGGCGGACGCGGCGGCGCAAGCCGAUUCGGCCGGGGAGCGGCUCAAUCGGGCACGGGAUGGGGCGGAGAAGGUGGAGAGCAAGACCAUAUCCAAGACAAGCACCAACGCACAUGUGGAUCCGAGAGCUCUUGUCAUUUUUGAGGAUGCAUCAAAGCUUGUUGGCUUGGAAGGGCCAAAACAAGAGUUAAUUGAGCUUUUGACAAAGACGGAUGGUUCAUCAGUUUCAUUGCUCUCUAUUGUUGGAUCUGGAGGUUUGGGGAAGACCACUUUGGCAAAACAAGUAUAUGAAGAGCUCAAGGGGGAAUUCAAGUCGCAUGCCUUCGUGUCAGUUUCACGAAAUCCUGACAUGCUUAAUGUUCUGCGGAAUAUUCUAUGCCGUGUAAGCAAUGAAGUUCAUCCUAACAUGCAAGAAUGGGACAUACAACUACUUAUCAGCAGAAUCCAUGACUCUCUCUGGGAUAAAAGGUACCUUAUUGUCAUUGAUGAUAUAUGGAGCAAAGAUGCAUGGAAAACAGUUAACUGUGCAUUGUGCAAGAAUAAUAAAGACGGUAAAAUAAUCACUACAACACGUAAGCAUGAUGUAGCUAAAACAUGCUGCUCUUCAGAUGCUGAUUUUGUUUACAGAAUGAAGCCACUUAGUUUUGCGGACUCAAAAAAGUUGUUCUUCCAAAGAUUAUAUGGCUCAAUUGAUAAGUGCCCUGAUUACCUCAAAGACAUUUCUUAUAAGAUCUUGGAAAAAUGUGACGGUUUACCUUUGGCUAUCGUUUCCAUAUCUGGCUUACUUGCCAAUAAACCACAGACAGAGGAUGAAUGGGAUCGAGUGCAGAACUCUAUUGGUCGUGGGUUAGGAAAAGAUGUUGAAAGCAUGAUGCAAAUAUUAUCACUUAGUUACUUUGAUCUUCCUCAUUAUCUGAAAACUUGUUUAUUGUAUUUAAGUGUAUUUCCAGAGGAUUUUGUUAUUGAUAAGAAGCUUUUGGUAAGGAGAUGGAUUGCAGAGGGAUUCAUCCAAAAAGAACAAGGUGAAACCAGUUUCAAAUUAGGGGAGUGGUGUUUCAAUGAGCUCAUCAAUAGAAGCCUGAUCCAAGCACGGAAGAUAAAUAUGUACGGAGAUGUGACAGCUUGCCAGGUCCAUGACACAAUUCUUGAUUUUAUUGUAUCAAAAUCUGAAGAAGAGAAUUUCAUUACUGUAUUCGGUGAUGGUUAUCAAAUACAUGGUCAACAUAGCAAGUUCCGUCGACUAUCUAUCAAUGCUAGCAGUAAAGAGAAAGUUUCAACACUGACACAGCUGGAUUUGUCUCAUGUCCGGUCAGUUGCAGUGUUUCAUUAUUCAGAGGAACUACCUAUGUGGUCAAAAUUCAGUUUCUUGCGUGUUUUGGACUUGCGUGGCUGCAGGCAGGUGGAAGGUGAUCAUCUUACAGGUAUCGGGAAUUUAUUUCAGCUAAAGUACCUGAGCCUCCGUGGAACUGGAGUUCGUGAACUCCCAGAACAGAUUAGCAAACUAACAUGUCUGGAGACACUGGAUCUAAAGAUGUCAAAGGUGACAAAAUUACACGCCGGUACUGCUAAGCUCCAAGGAUUAAUCUACUUGGCUGUUGACAAGGGGGUUCAGCUUCCUGAUGGAACAAAAAGAAUGACAGCAUUAGAGGAUUUAGAUUGUGUGGAUAUCUUCAAGCAGUCAAUUAACUUCCACAAGAGUUUGGGCAGCUGAAGAAUCUUAGGAAUGUCCAGUUAUUUGUGAGCUCUGAUAAUUGCCGUGAUGCUGCAGAAGCAAGUCACUACAAGAAGUAUAUGGACGAUAUAGUCUCUUCACUCUGUAAACUUGGCCACCUUCAUUCUUUGUCUAUUGACGGUAAAGCUAAAAGUAAAUUAGACUUCUCCAUGGAUUCAGGUGGUGAUGCUCCAACUGGCCUCCAGAAAUUCGAAAUCACGAACCAUUUCAUCUCCAAGGUUCCAAACUGGGUGCGCUCCCUUUUCAAUCUCCAAUUUUUAACCCUCCGUGUUAAGGAAUUCGAGGUGGACGACUUCAUGGCGCUUGGGCGCCUGCCAGCUCUGGUGUUUCUCAGGCUGGAAGCACACAAAUGUUUCCACGGAAGAAGGAUAUCAAUUAGUGGCGCUGAUGGGUUUCAGAGCCUGCGUCAUUUUGAUUAUUGCUGUGCCAUACCGGUCACAUUUAAGGCUGGAGCGAUGCCAAAGAUUAAUAAGCUUACCCUCAUGUUCAGUAUAUUCAAAACAUCCCAGCUAGCAACAAAUGAAGAGUUCCGUUUUCCUUUUGGUGUCCAA